UACGCCGGGACAGCCAUGGCGGCGGCGGCGGGGGAGGCGGAGGAGGCGCUGUGUAGUUUCGUGCGCCCGCUUGAAAAGCGGGACGGCACGGUGCUGCGGCUGCAGCAGUACGGUUCAGGCGGCGUGGGCUGUGUGGUGUGGGACGCCGCCAUCGUCCUGGCCAAGUAUCUGGAGACGCAGCAUUUCUCGGGCGCCACCGCUGGGACACACGCGCUGCGCCAGAGAUCCGUGCUGGAGCUGGGAGCCGGCACGGGCGCCGUGGGGCUCAUGGCGGCCACUCUCGGGGCAGAUGUUAUAGUCACAGAUCUGGAGGAACUACAGGACUUGCUUAAAUUGAAUAUUAAAAUGAACGAGCAUCUCAUUACUGGUUCUGUACAAGCCAAGGUACUGAAAUGGGGUGAAGAAAGAAAAGACUAUUUCUCUCCACCUGAUUACAUAUUGAUGGCCGAUUGUAUAUACUAUGAAGAGUCUUUGGAGCCAUUGCUAAAGACUCUAAAAGAUCUCAGUGGGCCUAAGACCUGCAUCAUAUGUUGUUAUGAGCAACGAACUAUGGGGAAAAAUCCAGAAAUAGAGAAGAAGUAUUUUGAGCUCCUCCAGUUGGAUUUUGACUUGGAAAAGAUUCCUUUGGAGAAACAUGAUGAAGAAUACCGGAGUGAAGAUAUUCAUAUUUUAUACAUCAGAAAGAAAAAAUGAAAUUACAGCAUUGAAACCUUUCAUCAUUUUGUCCAAGUUUGCAGCAACUAGAUAAGCUAAACAUGUGAAUUGGGCUUGUAAGAAUAGCAUGAAAAAGUUUUCAUCACAUAUUUUCAUGGCUUAUCAGAUACAUUGGAUUUGAAUGAUAGAAGUAGAAACAUGGGUGCUACUUUGAAUUCAUAGAAGAAUUCUACCAAAAGUCAACAAAUGUGACCUGCCAGCAUUCCUAAAGAUAUUGCAUUCCCUGCAUGUUGGAUGAGACUGAAUUGUAAGCAGAGUUGUUGUUUAACCCAACAUGAAGUUCUGUUUUAAAGACAUGGAUAAUGUGUUGGAAAAAGUUAUAUGCUAAAAGAAUAACUUGUGCUUUCAAGAAACUGAAGAGCAUUGAUUUUUACUUCUUGAAGGGACAAUUUUUAAGCCUCAUAUCUGUACUUCAAAUUGUAUUCAAUCUAGAUAAAUAUAAAAGAGGAUCUCAUGAGUUUGAGUUUUGUCCAUAAUAAAGUCAGUAGUCUUUGUUUUAUGUAUAUUCCCUUUUUAAUUACAUUUUAAGACAGGUUUAAUUCUUGAAAAUGUCUCCUUGGUUCAAAUGAAAACUAAGCAGUUUCACAUUUGUUUUUAUAAAACAAAAUUUUUUUGUUACUAUAAAUUUGAGAAAUAUAAACAUUUCCUUAUUCAAAGAAGUACAGAAAAAGAGGAUUGUUUAUGACACUGUGAAAUUUGAUUAUGUGGAUAGUUAUUUUUAAAUGUAAAACAUGGUAGUUCCAACACUACCCUGCAUGUCUGUGUCUGCUUCUGAAACUUUUUCUAUAUUUUAUGUAUUUUUUUCAAUGUUUCAUUAAUGCUCUUUUCAGUUAUUUUCUUUUUUAAUAUCACUACCUCUCCAUCCCCCCACUAAUUAAAAUUAUUAAAUACAUUCAAUGUUUCA